UCAAUAGUAUACAUCACAAUGUCUGCCGUGUUCUCUACUUCUCAUGUAUAACGUAUUUCAAUUUUCUACGCUUUUACGAUGUUUAUGGUAUUGCAUUAAAUUUAUUAAUUUGGUGAUUAUUUGAAAGAACGUUAAAAUUUGAAACCACACGUAAAUGUAACAAGUUGAACUGUGAGACACUGUAAAAUCGACAUAUUUAAGUGGUGCUCUUGAAAGGGGAAUUGUUAAACGAUGGAUAAUCAAGGAUUAGGAUAUUCCUACCAUUUACCGUCUGCUGGAUGGAAUCUUAAAGUCAGAAAUGCAUUAUCUCAAUUUAGUGAUCUUUUUAGCGAAUUUAACAAAUACAUUGCACCAGCAUAUCAUCAUGAUCGUUGCGAAAGAUCCGUGCAAAUGCGUUUAUAUUCUAUGCACAAAAGAGAAUUUGUCAUGGUAUUUGUUGGCUUUUUUGCCUGUUUUGGAUUGUCCGUGUUCAUUGGGCUUACUGGUCCGCCGAUAACUUCAACAAGUGAACAAAAAGCACAUCUCAAUGGAAGCGAAAUGGCAACUGGACCAUUUAGAAUGAAGACACCAGCUUUGUCGCCUUAUAGCCAACAAUUAUGGGUCAUUGCUAAAUUAUCUACGUUAAAUAAUGACGAUGAAAGAUACGAUAAAAGUUUUCAAGUAAGCGUUUCAAUAGAUGGCAUCAGUAUUAAUCAUAAGCGUAUUCCUGUAUUGGAAGCUGGACAUACUAGAACAAGACAUCUGAAAUGUGAGAGACAAUCUUGCGAGGAGCUUGUCGUGGCUCAUCUUGGAUUUUUAGAUUACACCUACUAUAUAAUAACUGUCCAUUUUCAUGGACUUGAAAGCUUCCACCAACGAUAUACAAUACGAGAUCUCACAUUCUACUUUAAAAAUUACAAUCCUGCGUUCACACAAAUUGAGAUAUGGUUUCGACUGAUCUUCUUGCUGACUACUUUUGGAGUGAUGUGUUGGUUCGGUCACUCGCUAAGAAAAUAUUCGUUACAUGAUUGGUCAAUAGAGCAAAAGUGGAUUUCUAUUCUUCUUCCAUUAUUAAUUUUAUAUAAUAAUCCUUUAUUUCCUAUGACAUUUUUAAUAAACUCUUGGGUACCUGGAAUGCUCGAUGCAAUAUUACAAACAACUUUUUUAUGUGCCAUUCUCAUGUUUUGGCUUUGCGUUUAUCAUGGUCUUAGACAGAAUGAAAGGAGAUUGAUCACUUUUUAUUUGCCGAAAAUGUUGGUUGUUGGUCUUCUAUGGGCGGCAGCUCUAACAUUGGCAACAUGGCUUCGUUGCACUGAAUUAGAAGAUCCAACAUAUAAUUACGUUCUUGAUACAUCAAAUUAUUAUGGUUUCAAAGUAUUCUUCUUUACAGUUGGUGGUUUUUACAUUGCAUAUCUUCUUCUACUUAUACUAAAGGCAUACAGUGAACUAAGAUCUAUGCCAUAUUUUGAUUUACGAUUAAGAUUUUUAACAUUACUUGCUGGAGUAGUUGCUGGUGUUUGCAGUUUAGUUACUUCUCGUCAAUUUGGUGCAGGUGUUCUCGAAGAUAGUUUUGCUUCACGUCUUUCUACAUAUUAUAGCACAUCGGCACAAUUUAUGGCUUUGUAUGGCCUUCUCAAUUUUUAUUUGUAUACAAUGGCAUACGUUUAUGCUCCAGCAUUACAACAAGUAUAUGGACAACAUUCAUCCAUAAUGAAAGAUAAUCCUGCUUUUUCGAUGAUAAAUGAUUCGGAUGAAGAAGUGAUAUAUGGAUCGGAUGAAGACAACAGACGAUUGUUAACACGUUUAUCAAAAAAUGGAGUGGACAGUGAUUGAAUAAACACGAUCAAGAGGGUAAAACAAUUAUAUACAAAUAAUUGUAUCUAAUGAAGAAGUGAGAUGUGCAUUGGCAGGCAAUUUUUGUAAAUUUUACAAAAAUACUGCCUUUUAGGUAUGGAAAAGACUGUACAUAUGCCUUCUGGGAUUUUGGUAUUAAUCUAUUUAUUAUAACACACAAGAAAAGAAAAGAAUCAAUAAUCUAUUCGUAUUAAUCUGUUAUUAUUCUCGAGCAGCAUUAACGAAUAAGUAAUGAAUGAGAUAAAAACAAUAUAGAAAUGAUUAG